UUCUUCUCAAUCAUCAUGGGAAAUUUGAGAUUGCAACUGUUUUCUUUUAUUCUAUCGAUUAUUAUGUUUUUUCAUCUUUGUGGAGCACUCUCUUCUUGCAACGGACCAUGUCAAACCCUAAACGAUUGUCAAGGACAAUUGAUUUGCAUAAACGGUAUAUGCCUAGAUGAUCCCGACGUUGGCACACAUAUAUGUUCUGGUGGAGGAGGAGGAGGAGGACCUAGUCCUAGAUGUCAAUCAAUUGGCAAUUUGAAUUGCAAGGGAAAGUCUUUUCCCCAAUUCAAGUGCUCACCCCCAGUGACUUCCUCUACUCGAGCAGUGCUUACAAAUAAUGACUUUAGCAAAGGUGGGAGUGGAGGAGACCCAUCAGAGUGUGAUGGGAAGUUCCAUAGUAACUCUGACCCAAUAGUGGCAUUGUCCACAGGUUGGUAUAAUGGAGGUUCUAGAUGUGGGAAGAUGAUCAAGAUUACUGCUUCAAAUGGUAGAUCGGUGCUGGCUAAGGUGGUGGAUGAAUGUGAUUCUGUGAAUGGAUGUGACAAAGAGCAUGCUGGUCUACCUCCUUGUCACAACAAUAUUGUGGAUGGAUCAGAUGCAGUAUGGCAUGCUUUGGGACUUGAUAUAGAUAUUGGUGAAAUACCUGUCACAUGGUCUGAUGCUUAG